UAACGGAUCCGUCCGCCAAAAUGGAAAGGUUUUACAUGUCACGAGAGGCGGUGGUCAAAUUCAUGGGAAUGACGAUGGAAAACAUGGGGGAACUCGGCGAUCAGCAAAUGAACGAUUCAAGCUCGGUGCCGCCGCCAGCCAGCCACUCGGCGGAGUAUGUUCCCAGUCCUCACGACCUCUCGCCAACAAUCUCCUCCCGGUCUACAGGAGCAAUCGCUGUCAGCGUGGCCAGCAUGAUCGACAACACAGAGUUUCGUUCCCAGAUGGGGGAUGCCACAUAUCAGACAUUAAACGGGAGAAUGAGUCCGGGAUACAGCCCCAAUAACAGCUACGCCACCCUUACUCCUUUACAACCGCUGCCACCCAUUUCCACUGUGUCGGAAAAAUUUAGUCACGGCCCUUCGAACGUGAGCGGAAGCUUUACCCUUAUGCAGAACCCAGCAAAUGGUUUGGGUAUGGACAUGAAUACAUAUCGUUACUCUGAUAAAAACAUUGCUGCUUUGGGAAUGAAUAUGGGACCGACAGCUCUGACUUCAGCGCCAAUGACCAUGAUGACAACAAACGGAUACCAACAUCAAGCCUUGGGGCCAUACGGGUACAGCCAAAAUGGCCUCCCCUCACCUAAACUUGAACACAAAGUACAGAUGAUGUCUCCAUCAUCAUACGAUGCUUACUCUCGUGGUUUGGCACCCAGGGGUCUUCAUUCCCCGAAUCCAAUGAUGCCCUCAUCGGUAAAUGGGUUACAUGGCCAGACACCUGGCGCAUCCUCUCCACAAAGUCAAGGCAGUUUGAGCCCACAAAGGGACAGAGCUUCUACCUCAGGAGAUAUUCAGUCAAAGGGCCAAGAAUUGGAAGAAAUCAACACCAAGGAGUUAGCCCAGAAGAUAAGUAGCGAGCUCAAAAGAUAUAGUAUCCCACAGGCAGUUUUUGCACAGCGAGUUCUGUGUCGCAGUCAGGGCACGCUCAGUGAUCUUUUGCGAAAUCCCAAACCAUGGAGUAAACUGAAAUCGGGGAGAGAGACUUUCCGCAGAAUGUGGAAAUGGUUACAGGAACCAGAGUUUCAGCGAAUGUCUGCAUUGAGGCUAGCAGCGAUGAACCACAAACCCCUUCCAGACUCCCCAAUGGCAUUGUCCGACGUAGGUGCGGUAGAUAAAAAUAUUACUUAUCAGGCAAAAUUUGAGACCCCCACAUCGUGUAAACGAAAAGAACAGGAGCAGCAAAGCCCGCCCCAGGAAAAUCGUCCCCCAAAGAAGCCUCGUCUUGUGUUCACAGACAUCCAGCGACGCACCUUACAUGCAAUAUUUAAGGAGACCAAACGUCCAUCCAAAGAAAUGCAGGCCACAAUAGCACAGCAGCUUGGACUGGAAGUGACAACUGUGGCGAAUUUCUUCAUGAACGCCAGGCGACGAUCUCUGGACAAGUGGAGGGAUGACGAAGGCAAUAGCACUCGGGAAAGUGUCUCGGCUUGCAGCAAGAGUUGAGCAGCUCUCAACUUGUCUCUAUGUUGUUUUGUUUUUUAACCCAUACCAGACUAAAAGCACCAGACAUUAUUACAUGAGACAGAUCUUUUGAAAAAGCCUCACCAUUUUGGAUGGGAUUUUUCAAUGUUGUAUAGCUUUUCAAUGACAUAAAUUUACAUUUUCCAUUUGUUCAUUUUGUUAUUCAUAUAAAUAGCAUUCCAUUCCUGGUUUUGUUUUUUUUUUCUUUGUGUCUAAGAAAAAAGAGCAUUCCCUUCUAUCAAGUAUAUCUAUUAAUUUAUUGUAUAGCAUUCCAAAUAUCUAAUUCUCCAGAAUCAUCAACAAAUUAAUUUAUUCCUUGUUUAUUGUUAUAAAUUAUUCCCAUAUUGUCAUCCCCUUGUAUUCAGCCAGUUGUCAUGGGACUGUAAGUCUCAAAUGUAAAUUUUUAUGAUAAUUUAUGCAAUUAAUUUAUUGAAUAGAUCUAUUUACAAGAAAUGGUGACUGUUUUUAUUAUUAUUAUGAUUUUUGUUUCACCCUUGUUGAUUUUUGGAACUUAUGUUUAUGUCUUUAUUUUACAUUUGAAGAUCUAGAGACCUAGCAAGUAUUAUGAUUUUGGUCUUGUGUUUAUGUCAAUUUGCCAAGUUUUUUAUGUAUUGUUUCAUUUUAUUUGACUGGUUAUUUUUGCUUUUUUUUUUUUCCUUUCAGGAUCAUGUUAGAUUUAUCAUUCUCAGCUGACUAGUUUAUGAUUCUUCAUUGGGAUGAAAACGUAAAUUUAAUUUAUUUUUAAUUUAUAGAUCGCUUUGAUCUGGCAACCAAAAAAAAACAACCCCAAAUAUGUAAGUAGCCCAUGUAUAGCUUGUAUUUAUUGAUACUACAUCAUUCAUAAAUGUAGACAUUUUUAUUACAAAUUUUUAUAGUGUUUCUAUUAUCAUGACAUAUCAGCUGCACAAACCAUACACCAUUAAGUGUUUUUUUUUUUUUGGUUUGUUUUUAAGAAAGUUCUCAUUAAAUUAUUUUUGUGUAUAUUGUUUUUCUCCAUUGCUAUAAGGAAAACCUCACAUUGGUAAGGUUUAGAUGUAUAUCAGCUUGGAGAUGUGGUUUAUCUGUUAUGGAUUUCCAUGGGUACAAUUUUCACCAACGCAGCGUAUCUGUUUUCCCAUGUCAGAUACUCAUGGGGCAAGUCUCCCUGUAGACUAUCCAUCAGCAUAUCCAGUAGCUAUAUGUAUGACGUCAUGUUUCUACUUAAGAGAAGAGGGCUAUCCCAGUGAAGGGGUAGAGAUCUAGUCAAUGCCCCGAAA